AUGAACGCCCCCCACCCCCUGCCCGCCGAACACCUGCCCUCACCGUCGUUAACAGAACUGUUGGAAAAUAGUACCUGUCUGGCAGGUGCAAAGGGCACUGUCUACCAGUCGCCCCUGCCACAUGCUAACACAGCCGGCGGGAGGCUGGGAGUGCAGUGUGGAGAUGGAUGCAGUGAGACAGUGUUUCUGCUCAGUGGUCAUGACCAGAGGAUUCAUCUUUACAAGGAGAACUCUUCCUUUCACCAAAUUGAAGAGCAGCCAGUGGAGAGACUCAUUCCUGAGCUGCCCAGCAAUGUGUUGUGGCUGGAUGUGCUGAGUAUCCCCGGCGGUCGUCGUCUCUCGGCCAGCUGUCAGAACAGCUGCGUGGGCCUGGCUCUGGUGGACCAGACUGUACCUGUGGGACGCAGUGCGCUGGUCACAGACCUGGACUUUGACAGGCCUCACAACCGCAGACUACGUGUAACCAUGCCAGCUCAGGACCUCCACAUCUGGCUUCUUCACCUGCGGGAUCGUCUCAGACUAGCCACCCCGACAGCUGAUGAAAGUAUUUCGGCUCAUGAAAGUAUUUCAGUCUGUAAUAAAUCCCUUUUUUGGGGGAAAAACUCAUUCUUAUUGGCUGGGCCUGGUUCCCCAAUGGGUGGGCCUUUUCCCCAAGUGGGUCGGCCUAUGCCCUCCCAGGCCCACCCAUGGCUGCACCCCUGCCCAGUUGUGUGAAUUUCCAUAGAUUAGGGCCUAGUGAAUUUAUUUCAAUUGACUGAUUUCCUUAUAUGAACUGUAACUCAGUAAACUCGUUGAAAUUGUUGCAUGUUGCAUUUAUACUUUUGUUCAGUAUAUAUAAUACCGACUGGGACUAUGUCCAUGUUAAAACCAGGCCUUCAGUGUCCGGUCUGGACGGAGUAAAACCUCUAGCUUACAUAAAAUUGUUUCAACUUAUUUCUAUCAUAGGUAAAGAUUCCAAGCAGUACAUCUCUCCAUUAUAGCGUAAAUCUACAUAAAUGUGUUCAAUUAUAAAUCUACUAAUGUCUUGCCAGAUUCCUUACAUGAAUACAAUGCCAAAAAAGAUGCAACACCGUUUUUGGGUGGUCAUUACAAAAAGUACAAUUUGAAUUUAUGUUUUUCUUAAACUUCUUCAUAUAGUGGUUUGCAGGAUAAUAGUUAUGAUUAAUUUAAAAAUAAACUUCCUUCAUUUUGUUAAUAACUAGGUAUGUGUGGCAACAUCCAAACUUUUUUCCAACAGAUAUUAUAGACAUUAUCAACAAAACCAUUCCAAUAAGGCAUGGCUGUCACGAUUCCCACCGACGGUGGCGCCCCCUCCUGCUCGGGUGGCGCUCGGCGGUCGUCGUCACCGGCCUAUUAGCUACUACCGAUCCCCUUUUUGGUUUUCCUUUUUUUGGGUUUUGGGCACCUGUGGCCAAUUAGCUAUUAGAGGGGGUAUUUAGUUUAGCUGGCCCGUCCGUUGUUUGUGCGGGAUUAAUUUUGUUCAUUGACGACGUGUUGUUCGUCGGCUUUACCUGGUCGUCUAUUUGUAUUUAUUCCCUAUGGUUGGGAACUUUUGUUUAUCCAGUGUUAUUAAAAACACCACUCCCUGUG